GCUCAGUGGAAAUGAAUAAAAGUCCUCAAUGAUCACAUUCGCAUUUACAAACGGAUAUUUACAAACGUUCUGUCAUACUUUCGCUGCCCGUGUUGGCCAGUUAAACGAGUCCGUUUUGUUGUACAUUUUCCGCUGUCUUUAUAGCGUUUAUUUAUUCGUCUUUCUAUAUGCACGGGAUUGUCACUUGAUCUCACCGGAUAAACUGCCUUUUGCACAGCCAGAACUGGACUUUGGGAAACAUUCGUAUAUGUCUAUUUCUUUCAUACAAUUAACGGAUUCUUGUUUUUGAUUUUUAAUCUAAACCUCAUGUGGCACAAGGAUGCGUUGAAAUAUAAUAGAUUUUAAUGCAAAGUGGAAUUUGCGCGACUCCGGGUUCCCGGUCGUGUGUUGAUUGCGAGGAAGAUCUCAUAUAGUUUGUGUGAUUUUGCUAAAAUGCAUCACCAACAGCGAAUGGCUGCCAUAGGGACAGACAAAGAACUAAGCGACUUAUUGGAUUUCAGUGCGAUGCGAAACAGCGAUUUGAAAAUGUUCCCAACAUCAAUGAUGUUCUCUCCUCCUGUUAGUGGUAAAACCGGACCAGCCUCCCUGGGAAGUGGACAUUUUGCAGGCUCAAAUAUGGAGGACAGAGCCAGUGCAGGAUCUUGGGGAAGUAGAAGUGCCCCUUCAAAGGUGAGGAAUCAGCUGUGCUUAAAAACGAGUUAUGCUGACGGCUCCCAGUACGCUCACAUGACUAGCCGGGACAUGGGCUCACACCCGCACGACAACAUCUCUCCUCCGUACGUCAACUCCAGACUAACAGGUAAAACGGAGAGAGGAUCCUAUUCCUAUGGAAGAGACUCCAACUUACACGGGUGUCAUCAGCCGAGCCUCCUGGGAGGAGAGAUGGGCAGCCCCGUGGCGGUGUCGCCCACCAAGCCUGGAUCGCAGUAUUACCAGCACUACAACAACAACCCUCGCCGGAGACCACUGCACAGCGACAACAUGGAGGUUCAGACAAAGAAAGUCCGGAAAGUUCCCCCCGGUUUACCUUCCUCAGUAUAUGCCCCGUCUGCCAGCACGGCUGACUACAACAGGGACUCACCAGUGUACCCCUCCUCCAAACCCCCCAGUGGAGGGUUCCCCAGUUCCUUCUUUAUGUCAGACGGUGCUGACCCGUGGAGCUCCUCCAGUGGUAUGAACCAGCCAGGUUACAGUGGCAUGCUGGGUAACUCCUCCCACGGACCCCAGAGCAGCAGCUACUGUGGCACCCACCCUCACGACCGGCUGAGCUACCCGUCACACUCCUCGGCAGACAUCAACCCCAGUCUUCCUCCCAUGUCCAGUUUCCAUCGUAACAGUGCCUCCAAUCAGUACAGUACAGCUUCCUGCACUGCCACCACCAACGGCACAGACAGCGUGAUGGGUAAGACCUGGGGACAAGGACACAGGGCUGCAGAAGACAGGACAGAAGACAGGGCUGAUUACAGGACAGAAGACAGGACAGAUCACAGGGCUGAAUACAGUGCUAACCGGGCUCAGAGCGGGGCACCGACCAGCUCUCAGACAGGAGAUGCCCUGGGGAAGGCUCUUGCUUCGAUCUACUCUCCAGACCACACGAACAACAGUUUCUCGUCCAACCCGUCGACCCCCGUCGGCUCUCCCCCCUCACUCACAGCUGCUAGUUCUGCUAUGUGGUCCAGGAACGGAGGACAAGGUCCUUCCUCCCCCAACUACGAGGCUCCUCUACACUCUCUGCAGAGUCGUAUCGAGGACCGCCUGGAGCGCCUGGACGAUGCCAUCCACGUCCUGCGGAGUCACGCGGUCGGCCCCUCCACGGGCAUGCCCGGGGGGCACCAAGACAUGCACAGCCUCAUCGGAGCAGCACACAACGGGGUCAUGGGAGGACUGAGUUCUGGGUACGGCACUGGACUACUCUCUGCCAACCGCCACUCAAUCAUGGUGGGCUCUCACAGGGAAGAUGGUAGCGUGGGCAUGCUUGGCAGCCAUCCCAUCAGACCCAACCAAGUGCCAGUCCCCCAGCUGCCCCAGCAGUCUGCCACGUCACCAGAUCUCAACCAGACUGAUACGUACCGGGCUCUCUCCAGUGGUCUCCAGGGCCAGAGUGCCUCGUCCGUCUCGUCAGAGAUCAAGUCGGAGGAUGAGGGGGAUGAGAACCUACAGGAUGCCAGGUCUAUGGAGACCAAGAAGGAGGAGCCUGACAACAAGGACCUCAAGUCUAUUGAUAGCAACGCGGACGACGAGGACUUGUCUCCAGAGCAGAAGAUCGAACGCGAGAAGGAACGCAGGAUGGCCAACAACGCCCGGGAACGGCUGCGUGUCCGAGACAUCAACGAGGCUUUCAAGGAGCUGGGGCGCAUGGUGCAGCUGCACCUGAAGAGUGACAAGCCACAGACCAAACUGCUCAUACUGCAUCAGGCCGUGGCCGUCAUACUGAGUCUGGAGCAGCAAGUCAGAGAGAGGAACCUAAACCCUAAGGCAGCGUGUCUGAAGAGACGUGAGGAGGAGAAAGGCUCGUCGGACGGCGGAGCGACCCUCUCCCUGGCCGGACCGCACCACGGCAUGGGGGACGCCUCCAACCCAAUGGGACAAAUGUAAAAACCCCCUAAAUGGUCCAAGCUCCCAGAGUUCAUCAAGAUGAUGAGCGACCACUUCCUUUGACAACAUUCUCCUAUUUCCUGAACCAAUCAAAUCAACCGAUCACGUCAAUCAACGAUCUAUCUGACCAACCUGAUCUGACCAAUGUUUUUUUUUUUCCAGGACCACCUGUCUUUUGUCUUCUGUAGAAAUGAACGAACUGCAAAUGUAUAUUGGCUAUGAAAACAUAACAGAUACUACAAGAUAUGUUUUCUUAUUAUAUUGUUUCGUAUUUUCAGCAUUCCCCCCCUCAAAAAAAAAUCACAUAAAAAAAUGAUAUUAUAUAUGUUAAAGAAAAAAAAAAUCACAAAAAAAAUAAUAAAAGUUGAUGCAACUACGUGAUGAUAGGGGGGCUAUUUCUAACACGUGAACAAUGUUACAGGACUCAGCUGCUGUCUCAACUGAAUGGCAAUCUUCUCCACACUGUGGAAACUCUUGCAGUCGUGCCUGAACUCCUCCUUGAUGUUUAAAGUUAAAUAGAUAUAUAUGAAAAAUCAAUCAGUCAGUCUGGGGGGAGGGGGUAUAAAAAAGAAGUUGAGAUUAUGUAGAAUUUCAAGACAUUUUUUAAAACAUGCAAUAAUUAUUUAAAAAAAAUGUGUACUUCUAAUCGAAAAAACAGAACAGAUACAUUUUCAGAUAACACUUUUGGGCUCUAAGUUGGCUGUAUACUUAGAAAGCAGUGUUGGGGAAUGUUACGUUUAAAAGUAACUCGUUAGGUUACAGCGUUACUGGCAUUAAAAAGUAACACAUUACACCGUUACUUACUGUGGAAAGUAACGCGUUAGGUUACAGCGUUACUUACUGUGGAAAGUAACUCGUUUAGUCGUUACAUUACUUUUGCGUUACCAAACCCCAGAAAACUCUCUGAAAAUGUAUUGCGCGUGUUGGUCGUUGUUAUGCCCAGUAGAGAGUGGCUUGCCUAUUUACUAAUUGGUGCUACAAUGAUUUCAUCCGACGUCAUGGGAGCGCAGAUUACCAUGAUAGCUGUUUCAGUUGUUUUACUAAAUUGAACCGUGUAUUUUGCAAUAAACAAUGUGUUAUUUUUUAAAUAGCAUUAUUAUUUGGUUGUUGUAACUGUUCCACACAACAACAAAAAAAUGCGUGAAAGAAGGAAAAAAACGUAUACACAUUAUGAUAAUAAGGAGAGAUCAAAUAAGAUAUAAAAACCUACUUAUUAAUAGCCUUUAUUUUCUGCCUUUAAUAUGUCUAUUUCGUUUCUUUAAAGCUGCCGAAAUGUUGGUUUUGAUUUAUGGACAAUGUCCAAGUGUUCUAACGAAAUUCCAUAUUAAAACUAUCGAAAUGUUUGAUAAAUACAAAAAAAAAAGUGUUGUAUCACAAUUCAAUUGUAUCUUGAUAAAUCCAAGGCACCAUAAAUCAAAACCAACAUUUAGGCAGCUUUAUGAAACGAAAUAGACAUAUUAAAUCCAGAUAAUAAUAAAGACUAUUAAGUUUACAACAAGCCCGACUUGAAAUGUUAACGUGAACAUUUUAAUAACAGUAAACUGCAAACCGCGAAUGCAACUGUCAGAGUAAUCCUUAAACAUAAUAAUAAUAAUAAUAAUAAUAAUAAUAAUAAUAAUAAUAAUGCAUUGAAAUAAAUGGCAUGCAAUCAAAUGAAUUUACUUACAAUCAUCAAAGACGCAUCCCAUGUUCAUUUAGUUUUCUCGGGGUGACAGGUCUAAACAAAACAUACAUCUAGAUGUUGCUGUUUUGGAAGCAGAAGCGCAAUCUUCCUCAGCAUCAACAGCAAUCGGAUGUCUUGGGUCCUUUUCCACCGGUCUUGUGGAGCUGAGCUGGGCCUGAAUGUGCUUCUUGAUAUUUGAAGUUGACAGGCGCUUCGCCCCGAGGCACAGUUUGCGUUUUAUUAUUAUUAUUAUGUUGUUGUUUUACUUUUCUUUUUCCAAUUCUAAAUCAUGUGAACACUUUCACGUGGUAAAGGCUGGUGGCUCUGCCAUCCUGAUAGCUUCAUGCCACAACGUUCUUGAAGAAACAAGAAGAGCGUGAAUUUAUGGGGAAGGGAUUUUCAUAUAAUAAUUUGUCAAGGGAAAUAAUAUUUAAAAGUAACGAUUCGCUUAUUUGAAAAAGUAACUUUAAGUAUCUGAUUUCUUAAAUUGAAAAACGAAUACGUUAAGUUUCUCAUUACCACAAAAAAAAGAAGUAAUUUGAGUAUUCUAACGCGUUACUCGUUACCCCCAACACUGCUAGAGAAGAUGGAGGGAAAACAUCUUCUAGCCACUCGAAACCAGCAAACGUCCUGAUUCCGAUUGAAAUGUGUUUUCAUUGGCCACUCCUUUGCGUGAGCAAAUGAAACCUUGUGAUUAGAGGGCAUGGCCGUUGGUAGUGUUACUCUUCCUUACUUCAUUUUACAAGGAAGAUGAAGGAAGGAGGGAAGGAAGGAGGUAAGGAAGGAAGGAAGGAAGGAAGGAAGGAAGGAAGGAAGGAAGGAAGGAGAGAAAGAAGGAGAUAAAAUAAAGGGGGGGGGGGAUAUGUAUCCUUUCGUCUGUCACACAGAGAUUCCCAGACCAGGUCAGAAUAGAGCAAAGUCUCUCAACCAUUUUCUGAGACCCAACUCAAAGGUCAAGGUCUCUCCCAGGUGAUGUCACUUCCUGAUAAUGACGAUGCAAUGGAAAGGCACAGCUAGAGGGGGAUGUACUGUAUAUCCCAGAAUCUGAGCAGUCCAUCACCUUGUAUGAUUUGCCUGAUUUUAAACCCCGGAUUAGCACUUCCCAUCCCCCUCUGUUCCCCUAGAUCUCCCUUCCUGACCCCUAAAACCACCCCAAGACCCCAGAAAUGCAAUUUUAACAUUCACUUCUACCAAUGUGCCUUUUAGAGUUCAUAUCAUUCAAAUGCGAUGAGGAGGAGACGGACGUUAUCUGAACUUUUUAGGAUUCAAGCUUAGGGAACUGUUAGUUAUUAGGUCUAUGCAGUCAGGUUUUUUCUGACCUGGGAAUUUAAAAAACAGUAAAAAGAAAAAAAAAGUAUUUUGGGAUAAACUGUAUUUAAUUGUACUGUAUGCUUACAUGUAAUUAGAAGGCGUGUCCCUGAAUGGACCUUGUUUUAGUCAGUUGAGCCCCCUGGCGGCCCCAGCACCCCGAGUUUCAGCACCCCUUCCUCUAUUCCAAGUUGCAGCCUGUUUCCAUUGUGAACGACAUGUCUGUUUUUGAGCGUUGUAUUAUAGCUAUCAGCUUUUUAUCAAUAUUGGCUUGUCCGUGAGCCCCUGUAGUCUUCAGUACCAGUGUGUGGUUGUAUGUGUAAAACACAACUUCUUCUCUUUUUUAAUCUUUCUCUUAUUCUUUGUCUGUUCUGGUUUCUGUGUCGAUGAAAAAAAUACUAAACCACGACUUGCUGCCCUAUGAAAAUUGGACAGCAGCUGUUUUUAAAAGUGGUUUAUGUUAUCCAAUCAACACAAGGCACUGAAACUGGAAAAUAAUCUAUUUGAAAAUCAAUAUAUAUAAAUGUACAAAUAUAUACAAUAUAUAAAUAAGGAAGGUGCCAGUUUUAAAAGGAACGGUUGUUUUGGGUCAGAUUAAUUAUUUUCUUAGAGAUGGGUGGAAAGUUUGAAGAGGCAUCUCAGUGUUAAUGAGAUAUGAAGGUUUGAAGAGGCAUCUCAAGUGUUAAUGGGGUAUGAAGGUUUGAAGAGGCAUCUCAAGUGUUAGAGAGACAUGACUUGUUCUGCUGUGCCCGUGACAUCACAAUGACUGACUAUGGCACCCCUGACUGGACAAAAGGGACAGGAGUUCCCCCAUCAUCCUCCACUCAUUGCUAUUCAGCUGUCAAAGAAAACACACAGACAUUUGUAAAUUGUAUGCAACAGAUGCAAACGUACCAUUAUUUUGAAAUUGUGUAUGUAAAAGUUAUAUUUUUACAUGUAGACUGUUGUUAUUUUGUGUUUAGAUAAUACAUUGUAUCAGUUUGUUUUUUG